UGUUCUGUUUGAACCAAUCAGUGAAAGGGCACUGUGCAAAUGGCCGCGAAACAUUUAAAAUUGCGCCCAGCUAUGUAAGAAGGACCUUGUAUCCUGCAUGUCAUACUCCGUAUCUUCUGUUUGCAAUUUCCUAGAAUGCAGGACAUUUGAACAGGUAUCAGUUUAAGAAUAAGAAACAUAGGAUGGCGGAUGGCGACCAUGAUGUUCGUGUGGCGUGCCUGUCCGGAAUCUUGGAUUUGCAACGUGUUUGCCAGAGAGAAAACCUCCAGUUUUCACCCGAAACCAAUAAGUUCCUUGUGUACCAGACCUUGAAAAAGGUCGGGCCAUGGACAGCACAAAAGCUCAUAAGUAAACUGGUGGAACGAGGAGACCUCCAGUGGGAAACAGAUGAGGACUUUGAAGUGGAAACCGUUAUCGAUCACUGUAAUGAAGAGGGAGUUGACUUCUACCUGAUCAAGUGGAAGGGAUGGAGCAACAGCCACAACUCCUGGGAGCCUGCCGAGAACCUGCAGUGUCCUGAACUCAUCAAGGCCUUCCACUCCCUGCCACCAAGCAGACUAGGAGGGAAGAGACGACUUGCCGACAUUGCCAACGGAGGGGACAACAUGAAGCUGAACAAGAAACGCAGAGUAGAUGAGAUCUUCGCCAAACUGGUAAAAUCCCCGAUUCGAGAGAUAAUCUCCCCACUCCAUCUCCUGUCACUGUCCAGCCCUAAGAAGGGCAAGCUGCCCCAGUACAAAGGUCUCAUCACCGGGGAUGACCAGAAGAUCAGGAAAGUUAACACAGGAACGUCUUACACGAACCCUCGAACAAAGGGCUAUAAACAGAAGAGGCUGGAGGUUCAGAAGGCCUUGAAAGAAUGGGAGAAGCAUCUCAACAGCAUCAGCACUGACCCAGCUCCCAUCAGUGUGGAGAACAAUAUGGACCUGGAGGGACCACCUGAGAACUUUGAAUACAUUAACGAUUAUCGGGAGGGAGAGGGGAUCACAAUUCCCCAGGAUCCUCUCGUCGGAUGUGAAUGUGAUGACUGCUGGGAUACUCGCAAGGGUUGUUGUCCGGCUGCUUGUGGGGCGGAGUUUGCGUACUAUAAGUAUAAGCGUGUGAAGGUUCUCAAGGGGACCCCUAUUUACGAGUGUAACAAGCGCUGCAAGUGCGGACCUGAUUGUCCCAAUCGAGUUGUUCAACAUGGCCGACAGUGCAAAGUUUGCGUGUUCAGAACUCACAAUGGCAGAGGUUGGGGCGUGAAGGCACUGCAGAAGAUCAAAAGGGGAACAUUCGUCAUGGAGUAUGUGGGAGAGGUUAUAACAAAUGAGGAAGCGGAGAGACGGGGGAAAGUUUACGAUGCAGAGUGUCGGACAUACUUGUUUGACCUGGACUACAAUGAUGGAGACUGUCCCUACACUGUAGAUGCUGGUUACUACGGCAACGUCUCGCAUUUUGUUAACCACUCUUGUGACCCGAACUUAGAGGUGUUUGGGGUGUGGAUAAACACACUUGACCCAAGACUGCCAAGAAUUGCCCUCUUUUCAAAAAAAGAUAUCUUGAAAGGAGAGGAACUUACCUUUGACUACAUGAUGACAGGGGACACAACUCUGCAAACUGUCUCCCAAGUGGCAGAAUCCCAGCUGCCGCCCUUGCAGCCCCCCCAUCAGACACCCCAGUCCGAUGACACCACCAGUGAAUACUCCUACACCUCUCAGGACCCUGACUCUAGCUCAACAACCACUUCCAGGUCACCGUCGAAAACUGGAAGUUCCCCUUCAAAACCUACUGGGGGAAAAUCUCCAUCCAGACCUGAAAGCAGGUCCUCCUCAUCCAAAGAAGGAAGAUCCCCAUCCAAGGCCAACCAGGAUCAGUUGCCAGCAAAACUGGAUCCCAGUCUGUCUUCGAAAUCUGGAAGCUCCAAAUCUCCCUCCAAGAGCAUGGCUGAACCAGAUGACAAAAACAUUGAUGCCGAUGACACCAAGUCUGAUAUUUCCGAUAUUCCUAACCCUGUCCGUCAGCAGUACAGGAUGGUGUGUCAGUGUGGGGCUGCCAACUGCAGGAAGUACCUGUUUUAGUUGUCCUCGUCUUGUCCAUCUUGUUGACCAGGACAAGGGUCAGCUUGUUUUCUCCUCUGUUCUCCUCAGGGAAAUGUGGAUUCCUCUUGUAUGCAAGAAACUCUUCUAGAUCUCUUUUGUGAAAUGAAAAUACUUUUAAUUAUGAAAUGCAGUAUUAAUCACAUUAAUAUGUUUUGGGGUUUCAGAUUUUGAUGCAUUAAGAAUAUCUUUAAACAUGCUUCUGUUGGCUGUGUGGUUUUGAAAAAUACCAACAUUGUUUUAUUUAAUUCUGAUUAUUGAACUUUUCUUUGAAACAGAAAAUCAAGUCUGGACAUGACUUAGCAGAUUACCACGAAACAUGAACUGAACUAAAAAAUAAUGUAUCAUUCAUGGAUUUGUGUCAAAAUAGGUUUUCAGGAUGGGAAAUAUGAAUUUUAUUUAGGAAAGAUGUUGAUAAAUGUCAAUCAUAUGCCAAUUUUUUUCUAGAUUGAAGCCUCUUCAUGUAUUGUAUGUAUUAUUUGAUAGUUUAUAUCCAAAAUAUGAAUUAAUACAGGAAUUGUGUCACUGCUUAUGUUGACAGGGUAUCGUAUGACAACCCAGAGUUAUUAUGCUGAUGUUUGAACCUGGCGUGAUACUGCCAAGUUUCAAAAGGUUGUCGUUAACUUUCUAAAGGAGGGGGGCUGUGCUCCAUUAUCAGAUGCCCAUUAUUAGUCUCGGUAAGAUCUGACUUGGGUCAUCUGUGUAUUUAGGGUACCAUCAAAGGAACCAUUGCAAGGAUGUGGAUUGUGUCCUCAGCAUGGCGACAAUUGUCAUUGGAUAUGUGCAAGAAUAAUAUUAUUACGGAAGCAAAUGGCCGACUAGUAAACCAUGGUAACACUGAACUGGUGUUAAAACCAGGAACACCGUUAAGGAGUCUCAGACAUCACAGUUAGUAUUCUUUGAUCACCUAGGAGAGGUUUCAGUUAGAACCUGUUGUUACUCACUGGCUGGAACAAUGUUAUCCAGUAGUCAUCAUUAACCCUUAUUGAACCUCAUGUAACUAGUCCUCAGAGGUUUUAGCUAGUCCUGCUUGAACGAAACUAAAAUGUUUACUUUGUUUACAUUUUCUGUCAGGUUUAUUCAGUUACAAUUGUAGCCAAAUUGAAGCAUUGACUACUAGUUCCUCAAAUGCUACAAGUCAAUUAGGACUGCCAUGGGUGGAGGUUUCCUCGGGCUAGGGCUAGGGCUAGGGCUAGGGCUAGGAUUAGCAUGAAUUUCGAAGGCUGGCUGGUUCUAACCACAUGGGGGGUGGGGCAGUCGGGUAGCCUAGUGGUUAAAGCGUUUGCUCGUCACGCAGAAGACCCAGGUUCCAGUCCCGACAUGGGUACAAUGUGUGAAGCCCAUUUCUGGUGUCCCCCGCCGUGAUAUUG